AUGUAUGCUGAAAUGGCAGACUGCUGUGCUAAAGAAGAACCUGAGAGAAAUCGCUGUUUCCUGAAUCACAAAGAUGACCACCCAGACCUCCCUGAAAUCAUAGACCCUGAAGCUGAAGUUCAGUGCCAAGCCAUCCAAGAGAAUGAAAACAAACUACUCAAAAGUGACCACAUGGUUGUCUUUGCCAAUUUCAGCUACAUCUAUGAAGUUUCCAGAAGACGCCCCUACUUCUACGCCCCAGAACUCCUUGUCUAUGCUCAUCAGUAUAAGGAAGCAGUGAAAGAAUGUUGCCAGGGUAUUGACAAAGCCACGUGCCUCCAAGAAGAGCUCAUAGGCCGGCUAAGUCAGAAAUUCCCUAAGAUCGAAUUUGCUGAACUUCAUAAAAUAGUGGAUGAUCUUGCCAAUGUUCAUAAGGAAUGUUGCCAUGGUGACCUGUUGGAGUGUGCUGAUGAUAGGGUGGCUCUUUCUGAGUAUGUUUGUAACCACAAAGAUGCAAUCUCCUCCAAACUCAGAAAAUGCUGUGACAAGCCUGUAAUCCAGAAGAGCCAGUGCAUUGCUGAUCUGGAGAAUGAUGACAUUCCUGCUGACCUCCCUAACUUCCUUGCUGAAUAUGUAGAAACCAAGGACGCCUGCAAAAACUACCAGGAAGCAAAAGAUGUCUACUUAGCCCACUAUCUGUAUGACAGUGGAAGAAGACAUCCUGAGCUUGCUGUUACCACACUGCUGAGGCUUACCAAGGACUAUGAACACACACUUGAGGAGUGUUGUGCCACAGCUGACCCUCCUGCUUGCUAUGCCAAAGUGACUGAACAUCAGAAAGCUAUUAUUAAUGAAAGCAGCCAUUUAAUAAAGGUAAGAUGUGAUCUUUUUGAAAAAGUUGGAGAAUAUAAUUUUGAAAAUGCAACACUGAUCAGGGAUACCAAAAGAUUACCUCAAUCGCCAACCCCAACAUUGGUGGGCCUUGUGCAUCACUUUGGAAAAGUUGCCACUAGAUGCUGUAAACUUGGUGACCAGGAAAAAACAGCCUGUGCUGAGGACCAUGGGGCUAUCGUAUAUGACAAGCUGUGUCACCAGCAUGAGAAGACCCCAGUGAGUGAUAGAAUCACCAAAUGCUGCACAGACUCCUUGGUGAACCAGAGGCCCUGCUUCAAUGCCUUUGGAGUUGACGACCCAUACAAACCGAAGGCAUUUUCUGCAGACACAUUCACCUUCCAUGCUGACCUGUGCACACUUCCUGAAGAAGAGAAACAGAACAAUAAGCAAAGUCAGGAGCAUUUAGUCUCCUGCGUUCCUCAAACUCAUUCUCCUCCUCCUUGAGAAUGAGAAAGACAUUCUGCUGACAACACGAGCAAACCUUUCUGUUUUAGGGCGAGAAUCUGUCAGGGAAAAGAAUUUAGAAAGUGAUACAGGUGCAAGUCACUCAGAAGAAACUUGCGGGGCAAAUGACUGUAAUUGGGUAGUAACUAAUAGUAAUGAUUACUACUAGUAUUUACAUAGAUUUUAAAAUUUCCAAAGUACUUUUACAUAUAUUAUCCCCUUUGAUCUUCACAACAACCCUGAGAGUAUACUGGUGGAACUUGUGAAACAUAAGCCCCAAAUGACUGAUGACCAACUCAAGGGUGUAAUUACUGAUUUCACUGCAUUUGGGACAAGUGCUGCAAAGCUCCCAACCAGGAAGCCUGCUUGCUGAAGACGGUCCCAAACUGGUUGCUUCAGCUCAAGCUACCUUAGCUUAAACACCAGAUGGACAAGCCACCACUAGUGUUUCAGUUGACCAGUGGAUGAAAACAGAGAUGAAAUUGAGCGCCCAAAAUUCAGCAUCUGUUUUGUUUCUCUGUUGGUAUCAAAGUGACAGAGUUAAGAAAACAUCAACUUUGCCGUAAAUUUUUUAUCAUUUCCCAGUGUCACAAUAAAUAAUAAAGAAAAUUAUAAUUAUCA